CUCGCCCUUUGGAAGGAGCUACCAAGGCAGUGUGCCGCCCUGUCCACUUCUCCGGGGCUUUCCCAUCAGUGAUAGCUGCUGUGGGCCGUCAGGACCUCCCACAGUGGGACAGGAGCUGCCUUACAGCGUCCUCACCUGGUCUCAUCUCAGGUCCAGAGUGUGACAUUGAUCAUUUGAGCAAAGAUGAUAGUUCCUGAGGAUGAUGAUCCCAUCAAAGAGCCUGAUCCCCAGAUCAGUGGGGAGAGUUCUACAAAGAAUCUUGUGAAGGAGCUAGACACAGACCCAGCAGCUGACCAAGCUGAUCAUGAGGAGGACGAGAUGCAGAAUUUACGAGAACUAACAAGACAGCUUGAAAUCCAAAAUCAGCCAUUAAGACCUAAGAACCAGGCAAAUGUCCCUAAUGAAGAGAAACAAAUCAACUUGGACAAAGACAGUCAAAAUGUUGGGCCAAGCAGAGGGGAAAAUAGAAGUAUCAGUGGCAAGAUAGAAAAACAGAGUCAAGUUGGUGAGAUAAGUCUUGAGAUAAAAGAGAGCAAAGAUUUAAAAGGAGAUGUCGAUAUGCAAGUUCAGGUUAGUAAGUGCAUUGCACUCGUGGAUAGUGGUAGCAGUACAGUGCGUAUAGAUAGAUCAACAGUGCCCAAAGUUACAACCUCUAAAAUGGCUGGACAGAUUUCCACUGUGGAGUCGGGCAGCGUCUGCCCUGAUACAUCAUUGUUUGGCCCAGUACUGGAUGGUGUGGAAGUAUUAGAACUUGGUAACUUAGCUGAAGGAGAUGACAGCAAUUGGCUUUGUGAUUUCCCAAAAAGUGGACCUCCAGGAAAACAGAAAACAGAAUCUCUUUUAAAGUGGUGCCGUCAAUUCCUGGAUCAUCCCAGUCCUGAGACCAAAGCAUCCUGCUCAGCCUUAAUGAGUGAACUUGAUCAAGCAAGUAGGUGGAAAACUCUCUGUGAAAGCACAUUGGCCCCUAAACGUGUGUAUAGUUCAUUUAUAGAGCCACACUUUGGUAGUAAUAUCCAAAAUGCUUCCAUGGCCCUGGAGUGUGCUCACAAACCACUGUUCUCCUGGGGGACCUCAGGACAUUCUGGCAUUUCUCCAUCACAGUCAACUUUUAAAGAGAAUAUAGAUUGGACUGCUGAUGAAUCCAUCUCUAAGGAAUAUAAAUUUCAGUAUUUGACUGAUGCGCAGGUGGCUCAACUACAGGAAGAAAGCUUUCUACAGGAAAAUGCCUAUGCAGCUGCCUCAGCACCUUUUAAGAUUCCCAGCGCCUCUUUCCAAUCUCAGAUAGGCGGUGCUUAUGGUAAUCAGGAGUUGUAUGAUUCCGAGGAAGAUGAGGAUUAUUAUGACUAUCCCCAGGCAUUUUCAGGCAGAUCCAGAAAUACUUCAUCUCUGCCUAGUUUUCCUCCAUACCAGUCUCCAUCCAUAAGUAGUGACUACAGCCAAGUAAUACCUCCUCGAAUGAUUACGCCAAAGAGAUCCGUGUCAGGCUCCAGACGAGCAUACAGGAAAUGGCCAGACAGUGGAGAUGAAUUGUAUGGCUGUAUGCCCAGCGAAGUUAGAUCAAGUCUUCGUUCUUUGAGUUCUGCAAAGACUAACUGCAAUUUAGACUGGGAUGUUCAAGCACCAAAGAGUCAGUUAUCAAGAACUCAGGAAUCAGUAGGCUUGGCUCCUAGUAAAAUCCAAUUUUCUUCGGGUAUUGGCAAACCUCUGCUUAAUGUCCGAAAGCCAAUGAAAGCUGAGUCAAGUGCUGUUUCAAACCUAAGGCAGCCAAGAAAAACUGAGUACUUUAACCUUGUUGCUGUGGAUGAAAAGGCAGGAGCAUCUUUUAGUCCUGGUUCUUUGAGAAGACAUUUGUCUUCUACCAGUAUUGCUUCUGUAGCUAAUGUAUCCAAAGGUUCUUCUGUAAAAGAAAAGACACCAGCUACAAAAACAUCCUCUCUUGAAAACAAGUAAAUGGAGCCACCCAGCAGGUCUCUUCAGCUAGUAAAGCCCGUUCAUUUAUCUGCUGAACCAUAGAAGGACAGAUGCUGCUGCAAUUAUAGGAAAAAAUGUUAUAGUUAUAAAGUUAU